UUAAAAAUUCUUGCAGCACACCAGUUGAAAACUGCGGCUUCAGCAGAUACACUCCAAGUUGGGACUUCGGACUCCCAGCGCUUCACGCCCCUCUUAAGGAGCCACUGCGCCCUCCAGCGGAGUAAGGGCCGCCAAACCCCAGAGGAUCGCCCCGAAGUGCCCAUCACCAGCAGUCAUCCUGAGGAUCCCGUUGUCUCCGGCCCCGCCCCCUAGACGGAGUCCCGCCUUGGACGCGAUCUCGUCCAGAAGCGCUGAUUGGUUGGUUCCUGUGCGUGAGCGGAGGCGCUGUGGGCGGGGCGGAGGCGCUUCGUCGUUUAGGCCCCAGCUGUGUGUCUUGGGUCGCCGCCCCCACGGCUUUGCUGUGUCCGCCCCUCCCUUGUCUUUAGAGGAUACAGGCGACAGCCGCGGCUUCGGGUGGCCGUGCAGCCGCCACACGUCUCGGCGCAGCCGCCCCUUCUAGCUGGCUGCUCUCGUCGGCGGGGUCCAGGUCGGGGAGGAAAAUGGCGCCGGCGCCCCGAGGCGUCCGGGAGGAGCCGCUGCUGCAGUGUGGGUCCCGACGUCUUUCCCGGCUCCUUUUCUUCGCCCAGGCCCUGGUCCUCCUGCUGCCGACCGCCCGGGCGGGCGUCUGCCCCGCGCCCUGCACCUGCCGCUCCUCUCUGCUGGACUGCAGUCGCAGGAAACUGCCGGCGCCGAGCUGGAGGGUGCUGGCGAGCCCGCUGCCCCCCGACGCCGCCAGCCUGGAUUUGAGCCAUAAUUCGUUGUCUAACUGGAACAUCAGCUUGGAAUCUCAGACAUUACAAGAAGUGAAAAUGAAUUAUAAUGAGCUAACAGAAAUCCCGUAUUUUGGAGAACCAACCUCUAAUAUUACUGUACUGUCAUUAGUCCAUAAUACAAUCGCAGAAAUAAAUGCAGAGGUGUUCCAGUUUUACCCUGCUCUGGAGAGUUUAGAUCUCAGCUCAAAUAUAAUAUCAGAAAUCAAGACAUCUUCAUUUCCUCGAAUGCAGCUUAAAUACCUGAAUUUGAGUAAUAAUAGGAUAACCAUCUUGGAGGCUGGUUGCUUUGAUAACUUAUCGAGUUCCUUAUUAGUGGUCAAGUUAAACCGAAAUAGAAUUAGCAUGAUUCCACCCAAGAUCUUUAAGCUCCCUCACCUCCAAUUCUUGGAACUUAAAAGAAACAGGAUUAAAGUUGUGGAAGGCCUAACAUUUCAAGGGCUGGACUCCUUAAAAUCUUUGAAGAUGCAGCGGAAUGGAAUUAGCAAACUUAAAGAUGGAGCUUUCUUUGGCUUGGAGAACAUGGAAGAAUUAGAACUGGAGCAUAACAACCUUACAGAGGUGAACAAGGGUUGGCUGUACGGCUUGCGAAUGUUACAGCAGCUCUACGUGAGCCAGAACGCUGUGGAAAGGAUCAGCCCCGAUGCCUGGGAGUUCUGCCAAAGGCUGUCUGAGCUUGAUUUGUCCUAUAACCAGCUGACUCGCCUGGAUGAGUCUGCCUUUGUGGGUCUGAGCUUACUGGAGAGAUUGAAUUUGGGGGACAACAGAGUCACUCACAUCGCCGAUGGUGUAUUUCGGUUUCUUUCCAAUCUUCAGAUACUAAACUUAAGAAACAAUGAAAUUUCGUGGGCCAUAGAAGAUGCUAGUGAAGCCUUUGCUGGACUUACAAGCCUCACUAAAUUAAUCUUACAAGGAAAUCAGAUUAAAUCAAUUACAAAGAAAGCAUUCAGUGGUCUUGAAUCCCUUGAGCAUCUAGAUUUGAACAACAAUGCUAUAAUGUCUAUCCAGGAAAAUGCUUUUUCUCAGACUCGCCUGAAGGAACUGAUUCUGAACACAAAUAGUUUGCUCUGCGACUGCCACCUCAAGUGGCUGCUUCAGUGGCUGGUGGAUAACAACUUCCAGCAUGCUGUGAACGCGAGCUGUGCGCACCCGGAGUGGCUGGCGGGGCAGAGCCUCCUGAACGUGGAUCUGAAAGAUUUUGUCUGUGAUGAUUUUCUCAAACCGCAGAUACGAGCGCACCCUGAAAACACAGUCGCUCUCCGCGGCGUGAACGUGACCCUGACGUGCACUGCAGUGAGCAGCAGCGACUCCCCCAUGUCCGCUGUGUGGCGCAAAGACAGCGAAAUCCUGUGCGACCCCGAUGUUGAGAACUUUGUUCGCUACCAGCAGCAAGCUGGAGAAGCCCUGGAAUAUUCCAGUGUCUUACAUCUUUUCAAUGUGAACUUCACCGACGAGGGGAAAUACCAGUGCAUUGUCACUAAUCAUUUCGGUUCUAAUUAUUCUCAGAAAGCCAAACUGACUGUGAAUGAGAUGCCAUCCUUUCUGAAAACUCCAAUGGAUCUCACUAUUCGCACCGGCGCCAUGGCCAGAUUAGAAUGUGCUGCAGAGGGGCACCCUGCACCUCAGAUUUCCUGGCAGAAAGAUGGGGGCACUGACUUUCCUGCGGCCCGAGAAAGGCGAAUGCAUGUCAUGCCCGAGGACGAUGUCUUCUUCAUUGCCAACGUGAAAAUAGAAGACAUGGGAAUCUAUAGCUGCAUGGCACAAAAUAUAGCCGGGGGCCUCUCAGCAAACGCCUCACUCACGGUGUUAGAGACGCCCUCGUUCAUCAGGCCCCUGGAGGACAAGACCGUGGCCCGGGGCGAGACUGCGGUGCUGCAGUGCAUAGCCGGAGGGAGCCCCGCCCCUCGCCUCAACUGGACCAAAGACGACGGGCCGCUGCUGGUGACGGAGCGGCACUUCUUUGCUGCCGCCAACCAGCUCCUCAUCAUCGUAGAUGCUGGGCUGGAAGAUGCUGGGAAAUACACCUGCAUUAUGUCCAACACGCUUGGGACAGAACGGGGGCACAUUUACCUAAAUGUCCUAUCAUCCCCUAACUGUGACUCUUCCCAGAGUGGCAUUGGGCAUGAAGAUGAUGGCUGGACCACCGUCGGCAUUGUCGUCAUUGUGGUGGUCUGCUGCGUUGUGGGCACCUCCUUGAUCUGGGUCAUUGUGAUUUACCACAUGAGGAGGAAGAAUGAAGACUACAGCAUCACAAACACGGAGGAGCUUAAUCUGCCUGCAGACAUCCCCAGCUACUUGUCUUCCCAGGGAACUCUGUCGGAGCCGCAGGAAGGCUACAGCACCUCGGAGGCGGGCAGUCACCAGCAGCUGAUGCCUCCCGCCAAUGGGUACUUGCACAAAGGCCCUGACGGUGGCACUGGCACCCGGGUCAUCUGCUCCGAUUGUUACGACAACGCCAACAUCUACUCCAGGACGCGAGAACACUGUCCGUACACCUACAUUGCCGAGGAGGACGUUCUGGAUCAGACACUGUCCAGCCUCAUGGUCCAGAUGCCCAGAGACACGUAUCUGGCACACCCUUCUCACGGUGCCACUGCCCUGGAGAGCCUGGCGGUACCAGCAGAUGCGGAGCUGCCUGCCUUCCGCCCCGGCCGGGAGAAGACGGAAACGCUGCAGCGGCAGCUGUGGAGUGUGGGGGAUGGGCUCGGCCUGCCCCGGCCUGCCUUCCCCCAGCAGCCAGUCCUCGAGUCCCCGCAGCUUCACCGAAACGCGGACCCGGUGGAGCGUGGCACGGACUGUUCCGCUUCCCCCGCGCCCUGUCACAGCUCACACGACCGCACCGUUGAUUUCACUAGGACUCGGAACGUUCAAGAUGGGAGCGAGGGCACAUGAGACCCUCGGGAGGAAGUCCGGGCAGAGGCCCGAGUUAGUUCAUUUUGUAUUUGCUACCUCAGAGUUGAGACGAAACCCAAAGUCAGCAUUUGCUUUACUCCUUGUCUACAGUUACAUCUGACCGCACCACGUGGGCCGGGCACUUGCUUGGCCUUACACCUGACCGGAAAAGGGCAGUGGCUGGCGACCGUGGUCCGUGCAAUAAAAAGUGUGCGGAGGCCGGAGGAAGACAGAGGACAGGCGUGCUUCCCGACGGUGCCGUGGGCUGAGCGGCUGCGCACUGUGCACGGGGAAGCGUCUCGCUGCUGCUCGACGUGCCGGUCGUCUCGGCCCACGGGAGGGUGCUGAGAAGACCCGACUGUCCGUCUUGUCUCCUGAAGAACGGAGAGAGCUCUGGAGCCGCUGGAGGGUCCGGGACGGGUCGGUGGCCGGUGGCGUGUGGUGGAGAGUGGGGCUUUGACAUUCAAGGUCUUCAGCAGGAAUCCCGGGCUUGGCCAGCUGUCACCAGGUUGAGGAGUUUUACAUGCUGGUGAUUUUUUUUUUGGUGGGGGGCAUUCCCUGUCACCCAGGGAUCUCAUUGUAAAUAUAUGUGCAUUUAUAAAUAAUUUUUGUAUUCAUUGUAUUGGCUGCAGUGUAAAUAUUUUUGAUAUGCCAAAAUUAUAUAUAAUAUCUAGUUACAGUAUUGACAGCAGCUUCUCGGACCACAGACUUUGUAUAUGUUGGUUUAGUGAAUCUAAAGACUGUUUCAAGUUUCAAAAAUGUCAUUUGUCAAGAAGUGUAUGUACAGAGGCAAGGUACCUGGUGAUUGGGUGCACACAAACGCAGUCUCGGCGUAGUUAACCGCGUCAUACCUGGAGGUCCACCAUCUACUCAUUUGCCACUUGUUGAUAGGUGCCAGGUAAUAGCACCUUUCCAGCAUACAGAGGCGCUUCCAGAACACUGGCAGUCUUGUCGCUGCCACGUGCACGUAGGUAAAGGAGAACUUGUUUGGGGAACGCCGUCUUUCAACAAAGUCCUCAGUUGACGAAGAAACCAAAGAUUGCUUUUCUGUUUGUUUGUUUGUUUUUUUAUAAUGUCUCUUCUACCAAUGCACAGUGUCUCUUAAGGGAAGAGGGCUUUUGGAAGUAGAAGAAUGUUUAGAAAUGUUUACACUGUAAAGCUUUGGAGUGGUCCUUGGGAUUAUUUAAGCCAGAAACGUUUCCAAAUCUCUUAGAGCAAAAAGCUUUGUGCGAACAGAGGACUUGCCACUCUAAUGGAGUCCGUGCUCGCAGGCUCCCCAGGUGGGCGGGGCCACCCGAGUCUGUCUAGAUCCAGGGGUGCUGCUGCCUGCUGGCUGACGUCGGUCACUUACGUGAAGACAUGUAAGUCAGUGUGCAUUUCUAGGGCUCUAAACUCAUCUAAUUUCUGUUUUUUUUUGCUAGAAUUUCAUACUUGUUCUCAAUCCUAAAUUUUUCUCCCGUAGCCAGCAGCAUCUCUUGAGCUGUUUCGUUCCACCAUGCCUUCUCUUUUUCCUUUUCAAACAGCCUCUGUUCAUUUUCACUUUGAACUUCUUGAAUAUCUUUUUUCCCUACCCUUCAAUUUGUGAUCCUUGUUACGCACUAGGUUGUAGUAUGAUUUGUGCUAACUUAGAAUCGAGAGAGCUGACGUCAUUCCUAGCUCUGCUGCUCGCUAGUUACAUGGUCGAGGCCCAGUCCCUUUGCAUCCCGGCCCGGCUUUCUCAUUUACGAAGCGAGGGCGCCUCACCCGAUGCUCUGAAUCCCUUCCAGCUGUAACGUUCCACGGGCCCGCGAUCCCUCCGGGAGCCAAGGAGGGCCCUGCCACCCCAACAAAAAGCUGCUUUCGUGAAUGUUUGUUCGGGUGGAGCCAGAGCGAAGCUGCUCGCCUCGCCUUGAGCCAGAUUGUUUCCUCGGCAGCAGGAGGUGCACGAAACACGAGAAGAAACACUCGGCUUCAAAACAGCCUCAGUAAACAAGGACUCUCGGCUCCAGUGAGCAGUGCCUGUUGCCCCCCGGAACAGCAGGUCUCCAGGCAGCGCGCCAGGGCCUCAGAACCCACAGGAGGCUGUGCCACAGCCAGCCCUCCAUCCUCCCGCGUUCAAGGUUACAUUAUCCGAGUAAUGACAGUGCUCCCGCUCGCGUUUGGGUAGACUUCCUUGAGGGGGAGGGCGGAGUGAGAGCCAGGCCGCAGGUGGAUGUCAGCCGUCAGGCCCAAGGGGGUGAGAACGGGCUGGACGGGUGCCGCCUCGCUGCUGCAGCGGUGGCUGUGCUCUGCCGUUGCGUCGGCGUCCGGGCUCCGGUGGCCGGGGUCUCCCUUAGGGCGGCUCCGGGGGUGCGGGGUGCUCCCGGGUGUUCCCAGCCUGUCUACGUAACUAAGACACCGGCCUGAAAGACUAGUCAGGAAUUUGUUUAAAUGUGAAGAGCCUACCCCUGGUCUUAAAAAGUAACAAUAACUUUAAUAAAUUCUAAUCUCAGGAGGAAUUCCUGAAACUUCUCAUGAUUGCCUCUGUUUCGGGCCAGGCAGUGAUUUAACCUCCACCAUCGUCAGGGCGAGUCGCUCCUCAGUGUUUCUGUCUGGCCGUGUCGUGUCUGCCGUCAACCAGGGAUGUUGCAGACGAAAAUGCGGGGCGCGGGGGAACUGCUCUUGCCCCCAAGUCGCUUACCACUGAGGUCUGCAUCCCUCAGACUGGUUCUUCGAGUCUGCCUGGAAGAACUAGAGCAUCACCUUGACCUCCAGGCCUUACUGGCACAGGGGCUACCCCGGAGCCACCGGCUUUCUGUAACUCAGCAGCUUCUAAAACGCUUUCCCUGGUGCACAAGGUACUUUGCAGAACAGGGUUGCAGAGACCCCACCCAGUGGGUGCCUCCCUCCCCUGUGCCGUCUCAGAAUGCUUAGAAUGUGUAUUUUCCUGUAAGGUGACCUUCAUGCUUAAAAACAGUUGCCUCCACAUUGCCCAUUGGGAGGUUGUAAAAGAAUCCCUAAGAUAUGAAGCUACUGAGACUCUUAGCCAUUUUCCUAAGAAAAGGGAGAGAUGAUAAAAGUCUUGAAUUACUUAAAGCAUUGUCAUGAAAUGAGAGUGAGAGUCACUCAUUUUAUUCUGGAGGACGUGGGGCAGGUCAGUGGGGCAGGAGUCACAGCAGGUGCAGAACGCGCUUGCCAAUCACUUUGCAGAAGCUCGCUCUCUGACAGUCAGGUUGGCCUGGCAGUUGGACUGAUCAGCCUUCGUGGGGAAAGGGCAGGCGGAAGCCAGGGAAUCAUCUGGCACAGCACCAGGGACAGGUCUCAGCGAGACGGAGGGUGGCCAAGGCGACGGAGGCCUCUCUCUCAUUCUUCUGUUGCCAGAAAUCUCCAGAAACACUCUCUCCUGCAGAUGCCUUUGUGUGAAGUAAGUGGAGAGCACUUAGGGGUUCUUUGUAAAGAGUUUGGGGGCUUGGCCUGUCCUGUGUUGGUGGUUGAAAACAUGGAAGUCGGAGCUUAUUCUUCUGAGGAAAUCUCUAACUACUGGCUAAUAAUACAGAUGACACUACCAUAGUAGAAAGUUUGAAAACCUGUGUGUAUUGUAACCCUCCCUUUUACUCUUUCCUUGUCACUCCUGUUCUUACCGGUGGGCUCCGUUUUGAAUGGGGCUGGACGUGUUCGGGUUUAUACCCAGUAUUUUACCGGAGUGUGUCGUGGCCUUUUCCAAUUAUUUAAACAUCCCCAGAAAUGCCGAGAGGGUGACGGAGCAGCACAGGUAAAUUUGUUCUCAUUUUGUGCUACGCCCUCCGUUUCUUGUCUUGCUUCUUAAUUGUGAUAACGGAGGUAAUUGUGAAUAGGUGAGCUAGAAGUUAUUUUGGCAAUCUGCAAGUAAUGCUUUAUUUUUCUAUUACAAGCUUCACUUUCCAGUUCAGUUUGGCAGUUGUUUUCCCCUGUCGCUCCUUCUAACUUUUUUUGUUUGGAGUACAAUCUCAACCAACGUCAGUUAGCCUUAAUUUUCUUUCUUUUUUGGCACUGCCUGGUUUGUUGCAAAAAUACGUUCCGAAUUGAGAGGUAUAUUACAAGUUGCUUUUAACCGAACACCUGAAAGCCCAUGAAUCAUCCGAAGGCUUUGUGGGUACGAAGAGUGUGUGUGUGUGUGUGUGUGUGUGUGUGAAGAGUAGUGUUUGGACCUGUUCCCUCAAGGUUGUGUGCUGGUCUUUAUCGGUCCAGUGAUCUUCCCUGGGGGGUGGGGUGAAGGCGAGGUCCAGCCUGAUCGGGGCCUGUCUGCAGAGCUGAGUACAGGUAUCAGCUGUAACCGUCUUGAAAGAAAUUGAUCAUCAGCUGGUCAGCUGCGCUUAGUACAUUUCUCGGCUGCUUGAAGUGGCCUCCUGACCCACAGACUGUUUCUGCCUGCUACGUCCCCCCGUCCUGCCCCACCCCACCGUCAGAGGGUCAGUCUGAGCAGCCCUGGCGCUAGCUGUCCCUGAGGAGCGUUAUAAUCUAAGCUGUUCAAUGUGAUCCUUUCCUCAUACCUAUUUAUAUUUUCUCACACAUGAGAAUGUAUAUUUUAUAAAGCAUGUGUUUGUCUACUAUAAUAUGUGUUCAAUAAAGCUAAAAUACAUUA